CUUUUCUUUUACACCAAGAUGGCUGAUCAGAACGAAAGAGCGUUCCAAAAACAAUUUGGCAUCAACCUAAACAGAAAACUCAAGCCUGGAGUGACGAAGAAGAAGGUUCUCCGUCGCUACCGCGAUAUUGGCUUGGGUUUCAAAACACCCCGUGAAGCUAUUGAUGGUACCUACAUUGACAAGAAAUGUCCAUUCACCGGCAAUGUUCGUAUUCGUGGACGCAUUCUGACGGGCGCCGUCCGCAAAUGCAAGAUGCAACGUACAAUUGUCAUUCGCCGUGAUUACUUGCACUUUGUGCGCAAAUACAGCCGUUUUGAAAAGAGACACAGAAAUAUGAGUGUACAUUGCUCACCAUGCUUCAGGGAUGUGGAAGCCGGCGAUAUUGUCACCAUUGGCGAAUGUCGUCCACUCUCGAAGACGGUGCGUUUCAACGUUCUCAAAGUCACCAAGGGACAGGGCUCCAAAAAGAGCUUUAAGAAGUUUUAAGUUCUAAUAUUUUUAACUUGAUGCUUUUCAAAUAAAUAAGUAAAUCUAAAAAAA